UCCCGCUCUACACAACCUAUUUUCCACAAACAAUUUCCCGCAGUGAUUUAGUAACGAGUCUGGUUCGCAGCGCAGGCGGGAAAAAACGCUCGUAAUCGAAGAGGGAAAAUUUUCUAAUUUCUCGACGCUUGUGUGAAAAUCGCGCGCGUCGAACCAUGUUUUUCUAAAUGAAUGUUGUUUGCCGCAUUGACAUUUGAUAAUGUUGUUGUUCCUGUGGGGGAGAGGGAUUUGUUGCUGUGUGUGGAAGCGAUGGUGGGGCGAAUGGUCCGAGAAACAAUAAAACAAAUGGUCUAAUUGGUUUGUUUAUGUAGGACGUGUGUGACAUUUGUCCGGAGUGAAUUAUAGAUGGGGACCCGUCGGCCGGCUUGAAUCAGUGCGAGAACUAGGUGCAAAACGUUGAUUAGGGGGGUUAAUAAUGUUAAUUACGUGGGGUAUAUAGUGUGGUGCAAUGAGUGCCGCACGCAACCUCCAAAAUGGCGUGAGAGGCAACCGGGGGAGGGAGUCGACGACGUGGUGCACGUUGUUGCCCCCCCAGCACUGAGACACUCGCUGGGGUUGAUGUCGACGGUCGCUCGGUCUUCGAGAGACAUGUAGAAGACCAGUGCGACAUUUUGUCGAGGCGGUCUCGAUCCCGGCCAGCUCCGAUCAAUAUACUCUGUUGCUCCGCACACCGGAAAAUUUUUCUUCCUCCGAUGGGUGCCACACGGACGAUCCUCGUUUUAUAAUGCUGACUUUGUUGUUUCUGUUAUGGUCCCUGAUUCGCGGUCUAAGAAAACCUUCCUCACGCACUCCCACACCCGCACCACCCUCGCCGGUCCCCGAAUCGCCCUCUCCCGAACCUCUGGACUUGCACAGCGAGUUGUCCAUGACUCUGUCGUCCCAGACGAGGAUGUCCACCGAGAGCUACCGCUCGCGGUAUUCCCCGUUCUCGAGGGAGUCGUCGGUGGACGUCGGCAACGAAAGUCGGCAUUCGGUCACGAGUAUAUCCUCGUUUUCCACGUCUUCGAGACGCUACGAGAUUAUUGGCCAGAGGUCCAUCGACUCGAGGGCCAGUGUUACCAGUCUUUGGUCGUCGGAUAUGUCCAGACGGGACUCGGAGGCGAUCCCGGAACAUGAGGUGGAUUCGACGGACUCGCGAGCGUCUUUUGCUUCAGCGGGUAGUUUAGUCUCGUCCGACGGCUCGAGACGGCAUUCCGAAGGUCUAGGGAGAAGGAGGAGGUCUUCGGUGAGGUCGUCGCAAGUUAGGAGACACACUAGGAGGUUUCCUUUAACUUAUGAUAGGCGGAGAACUACUGGGAGUUUCGACGUUGAAAAUGGAGCGAGUCCGGGGAGGAGUCCUCUGGACGGGGCAGCGUCCCCCUCUGCUGGCCUGGUCCUCCAAAAUCUCCCCCAAAGGAGGGAGAGUUUCUUGUACAGAUCCGACAGCGACUUCGAAAUGUCUCCGAAAUCGAUGUCCAGGAAUUCGUCGAUCGCUAGCGAAAGAUUCAAGGAGACAGAAAACAUAUUGGAAAGAUCUCAUGGAGAAGAUCUUAUUGUCACACCGUUCGCACAAAUUCUUGCCAGUUUGCGCAGCGUACGCAACAAUUUCCAAUGUCUUACCAACGUGCCCACCAACAAGUCUCGCCGUUCUUCGGGAGCAGCGACGUCCGCCACCCCUCAACCAAGAAAUCUUGUGCCUGGAGAUGAAGCUUACAUGAAAAUGGCCAUGGAGACGAUGGAAGAGCUCGAUUGGUGUUUGGACCAACUCGAGACCAUCCAAACCCAUCGGUCCGUCUCCGACAUGGCGUCACUUAAGUUCAAACGGAUGUUGAACAAAGAACUGUCACACUUCUCCGAAUCCAGUAAAUCCGGCAAUCAGAUAUCUGAGUAUAUCUGUUCGACUUUCCUCGAUAAGCAACAAGAGUUGGAUUUGCCGUCGCUGCGCGUCGAUGAAGGCACUGAGGCUCAGCCGAAGGGGACGCAACGAAAGGAGCGUCCCCGCGGCCCCUACUCGACAAUGUCCCAGAUUUCUGGGGUGAACCGAAAGCCUUUAUGUCACACCAAUUCGUUCACUGGCGAACGUCUGCCGCAGCACGGCGUCGAGACGCCCUUCGAGGAGGAUCUCGGCAAAUGCCUGGCCGAGAUCGACAGGUGGGGCAUUGAUAUAUUCCGCAUCGGUGAAAUGAGCAACGGACGACCCCUCACCUGCGUGGCUUAUACGACUUUCACGUCGAGGGAACUUCUCAAAUCGAUGAUGAUUCCGCCGAAGACGUUCAUAACGUUCAUGAUGACGCUGGAGGAUCAUUACGUGAAGGACAAUCCGUUUCAUAAUUCGUUGCACGCGGCGGACGUUACCCAAAGCACGCACGUGCUGCUGAACACGCCGGCUCUAGAGUCGGUUUUUACUCCCUUGGAAGUGACUGCGGCGCUCUUCGCCGCUUGCAUCCACGACGUGGACCACCCCGGACUGACCAAUCAAUUUCUAAUCAAUUCGAGUUCCGAGUUGGCACUUAUGUAUAACGACGAAAGCGUUUUGGAGAACCACCACCUGGCGGUGGCAUUCAAACUCCUCCAGAACGAAGGUUGUGAUAUCUUUAUAAAUAUGAACAAGAAGCAGCGCCAGACGUUGAGGAAGAUGGUGAUCGAUAUGGUGCUAAGUACCGACAUGUCAAAACAUAUGAGUCUGCUGGCGGAUUUAAAGACGAUGGUGGAGACGAAAAAAGUGGCCGGUUCUGGUGUGCUGUUGCUGGACAACUACACGGACCGCAUCCAAGUGUUGGAGAACCUGGUGCACUGCGCCGACCUGAGCAAUCCGACGAAACCUCUGGCCUUGUACAAGCGUUGGGUUGACUUGUUGAUGGAGGAGUUCUUCCAGCAGGGCGACAAAGAACGCGAGGCGAAGAUGGACAUCAGCCCGAUGUGUGAUCGACACUCGGCGACGAUCGAAAAGUCCCAGGUCGGCUUCAUCGACUACAUCGUCCACCCGCUGUGGGAGACGUGGGCCGACCUGGUGCACCCCGACGCCCAGGACAUCCUCGACACGCUGGAAGAGAACCGCGACUGGUACCAGAGCGCCAUUCCUCCGAGCCCGCCGGCCGAAGACGUGCCCGAUCAGCAGCGGCCCGGCAUCCGCUUCCAAGUGACCCUUGAAGAGGGCGAAGGAGAAGCCGAAGCGGAAGCUCCGAUGUGACGGAGGCUGCUGGGCCUCUGUCGGAAGCUGACCGAGAAGGUGCAGCAGUGGUGGCGCGUGCGGCAGUAGGACGCUGGCGUCCUCUGUCGGCCACCCCGCGCUGGCGCGGCGUUUGUUAUGUUUGCAUCGCUUUUGACUGAAUCUCCGGGCUCGCGCGCAGCCUGUCCCCGCAAGUUCCUGGGAGUGUACAUUAUGUUUAAGUCAUUACUCGUUCUUGUUUUAUUUUUCUGCCUUUCCACGACCCUCGUCAUGCCUUACGUAGGAAGACACCACCCCCUACUGAUUAUACAUCUGUAUAUAUUUCAUAAUGUCUGUCGGUGUAAUACUCAGCCCCAUUUAUGUAUAGGUACUAUGUGUCAUGUCAGCUAUGUUACACAAGUAAAGCUCUCUCCAUUUUAAAA